GUGCCACGUGUACUAAGCGCGCAUGUGCGGGGCCGCCCCAGGGCCGGGACUCUGCACUUCCUGCUGCCUGAGCUGAAUAAUUUCAUUAUUGCUAAUAUUCUCAGGCCUACACCAGGCGGAUCCUGGCGGCUUCCAGCCAGGAAGAAGUCACCAUGAGCGGCUGAGUCUCCGGCACACACAGGCCGUCCGUGCACGAUCUCCGGUGUGCUGUUCCCCCGUCCUCACUGAUCAGUCACUAUGUCCAGCGCCAAUUACAACUCCCAAAAUGGGGGAUCCGGGCCGCCCUAUUCUAAUGGUCCAGUUCAGAACCCUUUGAUUUAUCCACCAGUUGGACAGAAUUACAGUACAGUUCCUGGCUCCUAUCCACAGCAAAUACCAGUGAAAGCACCUUCGCAAGCAGUUGCUGGACUGUAUAGUUAUGGUGGUCCUCAAACUAUUCCUCAGGCUGCUCCACUGCCAGGAAAUGAUCAGGGAUCUGGACAAACUGUUAGUAGACCACAUAUGGGGACUCUUCCAGUGGCACCUCCACCAAAUACUGCAUCUGCACCAAGAAUUCCACUUCAGAACUCAUAUGGAUCUCCUUCAACCCUUGGCAGCAGUGUUCCACAAGUGACACAAGCAACACAGCCAAACUGGCAGUAUUUUCCAACACCAUUAAGUCAUGCGCAGUCUCUAGCAAAUCAUGCACCAUCCACAACGGGAAUGGUCCCAGGGUCACCGUCAAUGCUGGCUAAUUCAAAGCCUCCAACUACACAGCAGUAUGGACCUCCCUUCGGUGGCCCCCCUCUUCAAAACAGUUUUAUGAGCCCAGGUCCUACUUCACCACCAAUGAGCCAGUGUGAGCCAGUCCGACCACGUUUAGGGCCUCCUCCCACAUCAUCCCCUUCUUUGACAAGACACUCAGCACCACCUUCUGGUCCACAUGUCAGCACCCCACCUGUGCCUCCUUUAAUUAGUGCUCCACCCAGAGGGGAUGGUACUGCUCUGCCCCCAACCAGUGAUAGCACUUCAGUUCAAAACAGUUACGAUACCAUAGAAGGUGGCGGAUUCAUGGGGAUGGUUCAUCCAGCUCAGCCUCCUCCUCCUCAGCAUCCUAAAAUCACCAGGAAUGCAUACCCAACACUGCCUCCAGGGUACCAGAAUGCUUUCCCACCAGGAGGUCCAGCUGUAACACCUGCUACUCAGCGAUACCCUACUCCACCACAGCCAAUGCCUCAGCCUACUUUGGGGAUGAACAAUUUGGUAUCAUCGGUGGGAGGUCUAAGUCUUCAUCAAGCAAAGCAACUGGAUGAGCUUCGUGCUGUAAACCUUCUCCAAGAGAGGAACAUACUGCCACCAACACCCCUGAAGGCCCCUGCACCCUGUCUACAGGAAGAUAUUCACAAACUAAAUUGUAGCCCAGAGUUAUUUCGCUGUACCUUGACCAACAUCCCUCAAACUCAGGCUCUGCUGAACAAAGCCAAGCUACCACUGGGGCUCCUGUUGCAUCCGUUUAAAGAUUUGUCGCAACUUCCAGUUGUAACAUCCAGCACUAUAGUCAGAUGCCGCUCUUGUCGUACAUACAUCAACCCUUUUGUCACCUUCUUAGACCAAAGGCGGUGGAAGUGUAACCUAUGCUACAGAGUAAAUGAUGUCCCUGAAGAAUUCAUGUACAAUCCUGUAACAAGAGCUUAUGGAGAACCACACAAAAGACCAGAAGUCCAGAAUGCAACUAUUGAAUUUAUGGCACCAUCAGAAUAUAUGCUUCGUCCUCCUCAGCCUCCGGUAUAUCUGUUCAUGUUUGAUGUGUCUCACAAUGCAAUGGAGACUGGAUAUUUAAACACUGUAUGUCAGACCUUGCUUGACAAUCUGGAAUGGCUUCCGGGCAACACACGGACAAAAAUAGCUUUCAUCACGUAUGACAGCACAAUCCAUUUCUACAGCUUACAAGAAGGUCUGUCACAGCCCCAAAUGUUAGUGGUCUCUGAUAUUGAUGAUGUAUUUAUCCCAAUGCCUGAAAAUCUAUUGGUUAACUUAAAUGAGUGCAAAGAGCUAGUGCAAGAUUUGCUGAAGAACCUGCCACAAAUGUUCACAAAGUCUUCUGAAACGCAAAGUGCGCUGGGACCAGCACUCCAAGCCGCUUAUAAGCUGAUAUCACCCACUGGUGGACGUAUAACUGUAUUCCAAACACAACUGCCAACUAUAGGAGCUGGAGCACUAAAACCCAGAGAGGAACCCAACCAAAAAUCCAAUGCUAAGGAUAUCCACAAUUUGACACCAGCAACUGACUUCUACAAGAAGUUGGCCUUGGAUUGUUCAGGACAACAGGUUGCUGUGGACCUAUUCCUUCUGAGCGGACGGUACUCUGAUUUGGCCUCCCUUGGUUGCAUUUCUAGGUAUUCAGCUGGUAGUAUUUACUAUUAUCAUGGUUACCAUUAUCGGCACAAUCCUGUGCAAGUUGAAAAGCUGCAGAAGGAACUGAAGCGAUACCUGACCCGUAAGAUUGGUUUUGAGGCUGUCAUGAGGAUCAGGUGUACAAAAGGCCUUUCUAUUCAUACGUUCCAUGGAAACUUUUUCGUACGUUCUACAGAUCUACUGUCACUACCCAAUGUUAAUCCUGAUGCUGGCUACGCUGUCCAGAUGUCUGUGGAAGAGAAUUUGACAGAUACACCUUUGGUCUCCUUUCAGUCAGCUCUUCUAUAUACUUCAAGCAAAGGAGAGCGGAGGAUCCGUGUGCACACAAUGUGCCUUCCUAUCGUUUCAGCACUGUCUGAUGUCUAUGCUGGUGCUGAUGUGCAGGCUGUGAUUGGACUGUUAGCAAACAUGGCUGUAGACCGGUCCGUGGCUUCAAGUUUGAGUGAUGCACGGGAUGCUUUAGUUAAUGCAGCAAUUGACUCUCUUUCUGCAUAUCGCAGUUCAGUGCUUACUGUACAGCAGCCUGGCCUCCUGGCACCACACUCAUUGUGUCUCUUUCCUAUGUUUGUGCUGGCUCUCUUAAAGCAGAAAGCCUUUCAGACUGGUACAAAUGCAAGCUUGGAUGAGAGAACGUACGCUAUGUGCCAGAUCAAGAGCCAGCCACUCAUAUACCUUAUGCUCAUGACACAUCCAAACUUGUACAGAGUGGACAAUUUAUCAGAUGAGGGAGCUUUUAACAUCAAUGACAAGACAAUACCCCAGCCACCAAUUCUUCAACUGUCAGUUGAAAGGCUGAAUAGAGAUGGAGCUUAUCUUAUGGACGCAGGGACGAAUAUGCUCCUGUGGGUGGGACGCAACUGUGGACAGCACUUCAUUACUCAAGUCCUUGGAGUCGCAAAUUACUCAGCAUUAACUGAAGAGAGCACUCAGCUCCCUGAACUUGAUACACCUGAAUCAAGCAGACUGAUGGCUUUUAUCUCUUGGCUGAGAGAGCAAAGACCAUUCUUCCCCACAUUACACAUAAUCCGGGAUGAAAGUCCUCUAAAGUCCACUUUCCUGCAGAACAUGAUUGAAGACAGAACAGAAUCUGCCUUGUCAUACUACGAGUUUCUUCUCCACCUCCAGCAGCAAGUGAACAAGUAAACCACUGCAUAGAUCAUGUGUGCAAGAGGAUAAUUCCCUCUCAGCAGUACACCAUACAAUGGCCCAAUUAAUGCCACGUUUUCAAUGUUAAGUCACUAGGCCUCAUGAUUUAAGAUGUGCAUACACUGUGAUUUCAACAAAAAAGUUAUCUAAUGAGAUAUACAAGCAAAUAUCCUGUCAUUUUAAAUGGCUUGUAAGGAAUACAAUAAAAAGGAUGCCUUUGUGCCAGGUGUCUCUAAGAACUGUCAAUACUGUCAAGUGUGCAAGUCAACGCACUACACAGAAGCCCUCGUUGUCAUCAUGUAGUUUUCACAAUGUACAGGAGGCAAAAAGACCUUUAAUAAAAUAUAGCCAGAUCUUUUUUUUUUUCUUAUGGUUUCUUUUCUUUUGCUGCUAGUUUUUGAAAUUUAAAUGAAAUACAAGUUGCUGCUAUAAGAGAAACUGCUUUGUACUCACAUGUAUAUGUUUUUAUAAUUUGACAGAACUUUAGAAAUGUGUUGACAAUGGGCCAUAGAGUGAUAUUUUUUUCCCUUUUUGUAACUGAUUCCUGAGAUGUGUUCAACCCAUGAUUUUAAA